AUGGAGAGGGAAAAAGAAAUAGGAGAACGAAGCUCAUUGUCGUUGAGGGAAAAACGAAACCUCAGGGAGAAAGAGCGACGAAUGCGUAUGAAAGAUCUAUUCUGUUUACUCUCUUCCCAUGUUUCUCCCACUCGUAGGUUACCAGUGCCCAAACUUAUAGAACAAGCGACAUCGUACAUGAUCCAGUUGAAAGAGAAAGUAAAGUAUUUACAGGAGAAGAAAAAAACAUUGUUAGGAGGAGAAGUCGGGUGUCGCUCAGAAGGAUCGUCGUCGUCUCUUUUGCCAAAACUCAGUAUCCAUUCACGGGGUUCGAUCAUAGAGAUGAACCUGAUUAUCAGUGUUAACAUGAAAAGAUUAUCGUUACACGAGCUUAUGGGAGUUUUUGAAGAAGAAGGAGCUCAAGUUAUGAGUGCUAAUCUCCAGAACUUGAAUGAUAGGACCGCUUAUACAAUCAUCGCCCAGGCAAUCAUAUCACGCAUCGGCAUUGAUCCAUCAAGAAUAGAAAAGAGAGUAAGGGAUAUCAUCUUUUAAUAUGUUUUGCCAAGUCAUUGAUAAAAGGAAAGACAAGAUUUCAAAGUUCAAAUUCGAAAAUUUACUAUUCAUAAUUAUAAGUUUGUUUUAAACCGAACUUGUUGUCGGGAAAGAUAUUGUCGACGACCCUGCAUACAUUAAUAUCCCGAUGGUUUAUAUGAAACUGAAAUAUGAUGCAGCCUAGCUAGAAG